AUGGUCGUCGCCGUCAAAGCUAAAUGGCUGAAAACCACAACCGAGCUCCAGACCUGCCUCGGGGUCAACAUCAAAUCCUGCUUCAACUGCCAGGGCCACUCCGCCACAAAGUCGUCUUGCGGCAACGCAAUCAGCCAAGCCUCGCGAUCCGAAAUGGCGUUUGUCAUGCUCGACAUUAUCAACUGCGGUAGUCUGGCGUCUGCAUCUGCCCACCUCGAGCGACUCGCCAGUCUCACCUUGUGCAAGAGAUCGCACCAGGCCCAGGCCGGUGAGAAGGCGACGCAUUGGAAGGCUCGGAUUCAGAUAUACCUUGAAGCCGGGACCGGCGAUGGCGUCACUGACGAGAAGGAGGUAAAGGCUCCUCGUGUCAGACCACAGCGUACCACCAUGAUCACGCCCCCUUCCACUCCCGUCGCCAACAAAAGGGACGUGCGGCAGCCAGUAUCUACGCGAUCAUCACAGCGCACUGCGGCGCCGCCUCCUCCAGUCACACCGAGACGAGCCACGCGAGCCCCGAGAGGCUCCGCCUCGUCCAUCGCCGUCCUCAUUGAAGAGGAUCUUGGAGAUAAUUCCGAAGAAGACGAUUCCGAAGGAGAAUAUUCUGAAGAGGACUCUGAAGAGGACUCUGAAGAGGGGGAGAAAUAUUAUGAGCCCGAACCGGUCCGCAGCCAAACCAGACGUGCCCCGGCCCCGGCCCCAUCGGUCAAGUGGGAACCCAACGGCAAGGCUGGCUUCCCUUACCCGUACCCAAGCCAGACAAAGGAUCGAGAGAACCUCGAGUAUAAGCUGGCCAAGGCCCAGGCGGAAUUGGCGGUGUAUGAAGCGUGGGUCAAACUUCGAAAGUUCGAGUAG